AUGGCGAACAACAUGAGGCCAGCUUGUGGUGCCCUCCUCCUCCUUGCGCUGGCGGGGCUCGCCUCCGCCUCCCUGGAGCUGCGGACCGUCCAGGAGGACAGCCAGCCCGGCGAGAGCAGCGGCACCUACGCCAUCCUGGAGAACGGCAAGCUGGUGGGCAUGGUGCAGCGGUACAGCGCGAGCGGCGCGCCGCUGCGCCGGCAGAUGGGCCGCCGCGCGGGGCCGUCUGACGACGUGCUGCCGCCGCACGCGGAGCGGCUGGCCAACCGGGUGAAGGCCCGCAUGGACCUGGUGGGCGCCAUCCACGACCAGCUGCUGGCCACGGGGUGCCCCUUUGCGCGGCAGAUGGCGCUGGCGCGCAUGCAGGCCGCCGCCGCCGCGCAGGGCCUGGUGCCCGGCGACGGCGACGAGCUGGCGCUGCCCGGGGCCAAGCUGUUUGGCGAGCCGGAGCCGGAGGACGGCGAGGCGGAGCACCCGCCGGUGGGCGACAGCCGGGGGCCGCACAUGAUGAUGAUGAUGCGGGGCCAGGACGAGGUCGAGGAGCAGGAGGCCGGCCCAGGCCCCUGGGCCACCCGCGAGGAGCGGGAGGCGUUCCUCAAGGCGCACCCCGCCUUCCCGCGCCCCGGCAUGAUGCGGGAGCCCGACUUUGAUGAUGCGCUGCCGGACCCCGCCGAGCACCCCGCCUUCCCCCGCCCGCUGAUGUGGCGCGAGGCCGACGCGGCGGAGGCGGGCCAGGGCCCGGCGUUUGACCCGCUGGCGCAUCCCGCCUUCCCCCGCCCGCUCAUCAUGCGCGACGGCAGCGAGCGGGAGUGGCGCAGCCUGGCCAACACCGCCAUGCCAGUCCCCGGGCUGGAGCCAGAGGUGAACUGGCGGGUUCGCGACGAAGCCGGCAACCUCAACUGGGGCCUCAUCACCUUUGGCGUGCUGUCCGGGGCCUGCGCCGCCGUGUGGGGCGCCAUGCUGGUGCAGUACUUUGCCUACUGCAGCGCCCGCGCUCAGUGCACCGGCCGCGCGUGCUUCAUCUUCCGCGCCGGCUCCGGCGGCGAGGGCCCCCUCAAGCCCCUGCUGCAUGAGGGCCACCUGGAGGAGCUGGACUCCCCCAAAGGCUCCCUCAAGGAGGGCGUGGAGUAUGCGGCGGCCCACGUGCCCGCCGCCACCCGCAACGUCACCAUCCUGCACUACGAGGCGCUGCCAGCCAGCCAGCAGUGA